UAACGCACGCGUAUUGAAACGCAGAGGACGAGAACCCCUCCUUGCUAGUAUUAGCUAAGUAAAAUGUAACACCGCCGGUUAAGUGUUAUGGAAACAGAUUUGUAAAGUUGGCAGGUCGGAAGAGGCAAUCGACACAUCUGUAGAACUUGAAAAAUGAAUACGAAUGGCAAUAUUUAUGCAAGUCGCAAGAGGAAAAAGCCACAGAAAAGUGUUAAGCCAGCUCCUGAAGGCGCUACAACUAAUCCCUCUAAAAGACACCGGGAUCGUUUAAAUGGGGAGUUGGAGCGAAUUGCCAACCUGCUACCUUUCCCUCGAGAUGUUAUAUCCAAACUAGAUAAACUGACUGUCCUAAGGCUCUGUGUCAGCUACCUGCGUGCAAAGAGUUUCUUUAAUGCGACCCUAAAAUCCACCACCAAAGAGGGUAAUAGCCUGAAAAAAGUCGGACCAGAACUCCCCGAGGGAGAGCUUCUGUUGCAGGUGCUGAAUGGGUUCAUACUGGUAGUGACUGCGGGCGGAACCGUGUUCUACGUGUCCUCAAACAUUCAGGAUUACCUCGGCUUCAACCAGUCAGAUGUCAUCCACCAGAGUGCUUACGACCUCAUCCACACUGAAGACAGGGGUGACUUUCAGAGACAGCUCCAUUGGGCCCUAAACCCUACCGCCCCUCUAGACACUGGACAGCUAGUGACAGGUUCUGACGAGUCAGGGCCUCCACUGACAUACUACGACCCAGAGGUCCUUCCACCUGAGAACUCUGCCUUCCUGGAGCGCAACUUCGUAUGCAGGUUACGCUGUCUGCUGGACAACUCUUCUGGAUUCAUUGCCCUCAACCUUCAGGGACAUCUGAAGUUCCUGCACGGUCAGAACGAGAGGGCAAAGGACGGCACCCCCAUCCCCCCCCAGCUUGCACUGUUUGCCCUGGCCACCCCCCUGCAGCCACCCUCCAUCCUUGAAAUCCGAACCAAAAACUUGAUCUUCCGAACCAAACACAAGCUGGACUUCACCCCUACCGACUGCGAUGCCAGAGGCAAGAUCGUGCUGGGCUACACCGAGGCAGAGCUGUGCGAACGGGGCUCGGGGUACCAGUUCAUCCACGCAGCAGACAUGCUGCACUGCGCCGAGUACCACAUUCGAAUGAUGAAGACCGGGGAGAGUGGACUGACUGUGUUCAGGUUGCUGACCAAGAACAGUGGCUGGAUGUGGGUUCAGGCCAACGCCCGGCUGGUCUACAAGAAUGGCCAGCCAGACUGCAUCAUUGCUUCCCAGAUAGUCCUUACGGAGGAGGAGGGGAAGGAGGACCUCCGAAAACGGACCCUGGAACUUCCCUUCUGUUUCACCACCGGCGAGGCCGUGCUCUACGACACCACCUUCCCCAAGACCCUCCGGGACGGUCUCUCGGGGGACUCCGGCGCCCCACGGAGCGACGACCUCAACAGCCAGACCGCCAAACCCCUCGAUCCAGACUCGCUGCUGGGCUCUCUGCUGAAGCAGGACGAAUCGAUCUACGUGUGCGUCGCCACGGCGAACCAGCCGGCACGGGCUCCUUCUCCUCAGGAGGAGCCCGCAGGCCUGCCCGAGGAGGAAGGGGGGGGCAUCUUCUCCAGCAGGUGGCAGGAGAGCUUCCUCUCCCUGCCUGAGAUGGCUCUGUUCAAGCAGGAGCCCCAGGGCGUCCCGUCUGGGGACAGCAUGGACGGGGAGCUCUGGAGGUUCAUGAGAACCCUGGGCGUCGGCAGGGAGGACCUGGAGAUCUUCCAGCAGGACGACGUGUUCCUCAACGUGGACCUGGGAGGACGAGGCGGCUGUCCGGACGCCACGGAUGAGAUCCUGACCUACGUGCAGCAGUCUCUGGGGAGGUCCGACUGUGUGUUGUCCUACAGCGCCAGGGUAGGGGAUCAGGACCCCAGCUUUGCCUGUCUGGAGCAGCAGAUCCCCAUGCAGCUAAACCAGCUGUCCGGGGAGCAACCGUCAGCCAAGCAUCCACAGCCCUUCCCAGACCCUCAAUGGAGGCCCCAAAAAUCCCAGCCCCUUAUGGUCCACCAACCUCUGGAACAGUACCAACAGUACCAGGCACGGCCUCAGAAACUCAAAUCCCCCCUGAACACACCCCACCAAGAACUCCAUCUCCCACGGCCGCCCCUAAGCGGACAAGGGUCCGUCGAGGGUCGGAGCCCCCAGCCUAUCCCUUCACAGCUGCUAGGUCCCAGACCGAUGCACAUGCAGGUGAGCGAGGCUCAGGUGAGCAAGGGCCACUCGCAAAGCCAACAGGCAGGAUCAGCCGCCCACAGCCUGGAGAUCCCUCCGCUGUUCCAUCCGGGCCUGCUGAGGCCCAGCCAACCCCAUCGCCAGCACCUCUGCCUGGGGGAACCCACCGCGGGCCUCCCCCUCAACAAUCAACUGAACACGGUGUCAGUGAGCUGUCCUCCCCAGCUAUCCACCUGUGUGGCCCCGGGUCCCCAGAGGCGGGGGGUGGUGGGGGACGCCUCUCCUCAAGACUUGGAGGAGCUGCUGAGCAGCCUGGACUCAGGGCAGCCUCUGGGGCAGGAUGGGGGAGAGGCAUGCUGGGGUCUGGAGGCCAGGAGCGUGUACCAGCUCCACCUGACUGACCCCCAUCUCUCCAGCCCGGGCCCGGCUCCGUACAGCCACCCUCAGGUGCUCGGUCUGGUCAGGGGCACAGAACAGCCCUUCCUUAUACAGAAUGGCAGCUGUGGGAUCCUCCAGGAGACUAGCUCUGCAUCCCCAACAGAAGGAGACUAGACUUCCAGAGCAGCCAAAGCACCAGGCCCCUGCUAACAGCUGGCCCUGCCCACACCGCUCUCUGAGGGGAUUCGGAUGAGCCUGAGGCCCUGGAGCCACAUAUACAAAGACCAGAUGCUCCACCCCAGGGCCCGGAGAAGAGGAGAGGAGAGAGGCUGUGGAAACUGUCCCAAGGCCAGCUUAUCACUACCAGGCUGAGCCGGGGCCUGAGCCGGGGCCUGAGCCGGGGCCUGAGCCGGGGCAAGCCCCACAGACCCACGGCUGCAAACGGAGCCAAGACAGAGAAGCAGAAAGGCACUGGAUUUUAGGAAUGUAUCGUGCCAACUAACGGAAUGUGAUGUUGGAAGGUGUUGUUUUAUUGAUGAACUACUGUCCCGGACAAUGAGAUGUGAAUACUAUACAAUGCACUACCUUCCCUUGGGGUAAUUAAGAUGAGAUGUCAAAUGUUCUUUACCUUCUUGUAGCAUUAUGACCAUAGACAAUGAGGAAAGCCAAGUUUUGUAUGUCACAAAUAUUAAUUAUGCUUUUUGUCUUUGAAGCACUUUAAUGUAGAUUUAAUCUACAGAAUGGAGGCUUAAACUACAUUAUCAAUCCAAAUAUAUGAUCUGGUAUAGGAUAUUGCUACAUGCCAGUUUGAAAAACAAAUGAUCUUUGAUGUUUUAGAUUUUUGUACAAUAUUCGUAAGUCAUCCGUUUUCUCUGUUGUCUUCUAAUGCUCAAUUUCCCAAGUGCAACAAUUUCAACAUAAUUAAGAAAUGAAUAAUGUAUUUUUUAAGCUAUAAUGGAUUCACAGCACACACAGUACGAGGUCUUACAAUUUCCAGAAGGCCUAAAUUGAAAUCUUUACUCAACUGUACUCACGUUACAGUUACCCUUUCUUUUUUUUGCAACGUAUGCAACUUGCAGUGAUGAUAAUUAUUCCACCUUGAAUAGUAAACAUUGACCAAAUAACAGGCUGAAUGAGCUCAAAUUGAUGUUUGAUGGGUUUUGGUCAAAAUAUCUAUUUUGAUGUACGAAGGUUUUCAUCAUUUACAUCAUACUGCACUUUUAAUUGAGGUAAAUCUCAAAUGUAGCACUGUUUUUUAAAACUGAGCCUAUUUGGGCUACAAGUGCAAUAAUCAGUCAACUUUAUGGUUAAUUUCUUCUGUAAAAAAUAAUGCUAUUGAGAGUUGUAUAAACGUAAUUAUUGAACAAUUUGGUUCAUUGUUUGUCGAUCCAAUUUCAGGUGUAUGAAAUUAGAAAUUUUAAAUGAAGUCUAACAUCA